CUCUUCCGAUUGCAGACGUGCCUACGACGCCCUACGGACGCUGUUGACGGUGUCCAGCAUUACUUCGGUUGCGGCCGUCUAUCAUGAUGCUGAAGCGUGACCAGCGUUGAGCCGAGCGACGAGCGAACGAGAGCAAGAACCUUGAAGAAUGGUGCGGAAAAAUGCGUCCCACUCACAGCGGACCGUAUCGUUCCCAGGGUUUUGCCCGUGCCCGGAGCAGGAGCAGGUUCACGAAUAAAUAAUAAUCCAUAAAUCAACUGCCAGGUCGGUGCAUGGAGCCCGUACCGUACCGAGGGCUGUUGUGUGUGUAAGCUGCAAAUGCACUUGUGGAGGAAUUGAAAGCAUAUGUAACACUUCCGUAACACUGACGUGCGGUGGACAAAACGAGAGCCACACAACUUAUCCAAGGAAAUAGAGAAACUUCAGUCUAGUUUAGUCUGAACAGGUUUGAUUUGUUGAAGUUGCUGUAUUAUAAGAAGUUAGAUUAAGGAGUCUGUAUGCAGUGUGGAAAGCUAGUCUUGAGUAAUUCAACGCAUACAGACACAUUUAGUGAACUGUCAUGAGUGUUGUAAGUGACGUAUUGUUUCCGUGUGCCAACGUUGCGACCAGUGGACCGAAACCAUGGAUGGUGAAAAUCGCAUCAUACUCAACGUAGGAGGCAUCAGUUCGAUGAGGCUGCUAAACGGGAACCCGUUUGCCUCUCUCUCUCUCUCUUGCAGGUAUGAGACGUACAAGGCGACGCUGAAGAAGAUCCCGGCCACAAGACUUUCGCGGCUAACGGAGGCUCUGGCGAACUACGAUCCCGUCCUGAACGAGUACUUCUUCGACCGCCAUCCGGGGGUGUUUGCACAAGUCCUCAACUACUAUAGAACUGGAAAGCUGCACUAUCCGACCGAUGUCUGUGGGCCACUGUUUGAGGAGGAGCUGGAGUUUUGGGGUCUUGAUUCGAACCAGGUCGAACCGUGCUGCUGGUCGACGUACAGUGUGCAUCGUGAUACGCAGAGCACACUCGCGAUACUGGACAAAUUGGAGCUAGACGAUGAGCAACCGUCCGAGGAGGCGAUUGCGCGACUGUUUGGCUUCGAGGAGGCACUGCUAAACGGCGAGCUAACCUGCUGGCAGCGGACGAAACCGAAAAUCUGGGCCCUGUUUGAUGAACCAUCGAGUUCCACCGGUGCUAAGAUUGUAGCUGGAAUAUCGGUGUUCUUCAUCUGCAUCUCUGUGAUAUCCUUCUGCCUCAAGACGCACCCGGGCCUGCGGGUGGAAAUUCCGGCCAUCCUUAACAUCACGACCAACGGUAGCGUCGGCCCACUGCCCGACGUACCAUCCACCCUGGACGAUCUGCUCGACCACGGACGACUGGACGAACUUCUGCUGGACUAUGGGUCACCCACCAUCACCAGCACUAGCACCGCCAGCACCACCACAUCCACCACCACCAGCAGUGCCACCACCGAGAGCCAAUCUUCUCCACCGUCACGCCCGGAAACGACCACUCAACGUACCGGCCGGAUCGUCUCAAGCGCCUACCGGAUGAACUCCGGCAAGGGAGCGAGCAUCGUGGAGAACUGGCAGGAAACGUACGGUCAACCGCACGAAGCAUUCUUCUACGUCGAGCUCGUCUGCAACGUGUGGUUCAUCAUCGAGCUGACCGUACGGCUAGUGGUGACCCCGAACAUUGUCGAGUUUAUCAAAUCGCCCGUCAACAUCAUCGACCUGGCGGCAACGCUAAGCUUCUACACCGACGUCUGCCAGCGGAUGGGUGAACAGACGGGUCUGCUGGAAGCGUUCUCGAUCGUGCGUAUCCUGCGGCUGUUCAAGCUGACGCGCCAUUCGCCCGGACUGCGCAUCCUGAUCCACACGUUCAAGGCGUCCGCCCGGGAGCUGACGCUGCUCGUGUUCUUCCUCGUGCUCGGUAUCGUGGUGUUUGCCAGCUUGGUGUACUACGCGGAAAAGCUGCAGGAUAACCCGGACAAUCAAUUUAAGAGCAUUCCGCUCGGACUAUGGUGGGCGAUCGUAACGAUGACCACGGUUGGGUACGGUGAUAUGGCGCCCAAAACGUACGUCGGGAUGUUUGUCGGUGCGCUCUGUGCGCUGGCCGGUGUGCUGACGAUCGCCCUGCCGGUACCAGUUAUCGUCAGUAAUUUCUCCAUGUUUUACUCGCACACGCAGGCUCGUUCAAAACUGCCGAAAAAGCGUCGCCGUGUGCUGCCGGUGGAGCAACCGCGAAGGAAGCGUGACAUGGGUGCGGCUAACCGGCGGGUAAAUGCGCUCAAACACCAACACACCCAACCGACCCAUCCCGCCAUCUUUAAGGAUGCUUUCGGUGGGGCGAAAAUCGGUCACGUGAAUGGCGUCAAUGUGAUAGGACUCACCCUUCAAGGACCUUCCGUACCAGGGCUAGCAGUCCUCAAGCCACCUUCCGUACUACAGCAGGGUGAUUUCAUCAACGUGCCACAGCUGAGCUCACUGCAGCCGCGCCAACCGACGACCGGAAAUGUGGAUUUAUUGCUACCAUUACAGCCGAAAUUGCUCGUUCCGCUGGCAGCAGUCGAGCGACGGGAAUCAAAACCGGAAGAAAUGAUCCCACUGGAACCGAAAGUCACCUUACAGAGCGACCCGAACGGUGUGUCCGGCAGCAAUACGCCUGGGGAUGAAUGUUGAACGCCUGGCAGCACGCUUUCUUCCUGAUGCGCACACUAAGGGACACAGGCACGGUGUGAGUGUCCCGGAAAAUUGAGAAACGAAAGGAUUUUGAUUAGAUUUGUAAAAGUUGUAAGUUUGGGAAGUGAACAGUCAUCGGGAAAAAAACUUGUCUGAAAAGUAAAGCGAAAGAAAUCUGGCAGCAAGUCGUAGAAAAAAAGGAUGUAUGUAUGUACUCAAAUAAAGGAACUAAGCAGGGAUAUGAAAUAGAAGCUAAAUAAACACUUAAAGAAAUGUAAGGCAAAUAAUGAAAAUGCAUUCAAGUUCGUCGCAAUUCACUUCACGUCAAAGAGAGGCUAGAGUUGAAAGUUUUCUGUUUUUACUAGGGAAUUGUGCGACCUUUUGCUAGCAGAGAUCGUAAACGGGAGCAAAAUUUAGUGGUGAACGAAUCGUUUUUGUCAUACAAAGACGCGUGUGUUGGACGAGUUGAGUUUGCAUCGUAAAGGGAGAUUAAGCUUUGUGCCAAGCGCAUCAUAAGUAAACUAGCUAGUGACUAGUUGUUUAAUUGGAUAACGUUGUUGUGCUCAACUUUUAUACGACCGUGUGUGUAUGUGUGCAUAUGCCAUAAAAUGACGAGUUGAAGUAUCGAAUCAAAAUGGAAACAGAUUUCAAAACGUGGGUUGGAAGAAGCAGCGUGAUAAAGCGGUUGAACCACGAACAUGAGCGAAAAAACGCUUCUCCAGUGCGGGAAGUGACGUGUGUUAGUGAAACAAUACAAUGUAUCUGUAUGAAUGUAUGCCAACAGUAAAUGUUCUAAAUUGGUUGAAAAAGACAAACCAAGCAGAAAAAAAACCAACAGAAAGUCCCAACUGGAAAAAACUUCUACCGUCUGUGUCACAAUGUCCACAAUUAUCGAUGUCCAGCAAAGGAAAACUGAAAAACGGAAAAUACAUUUCACGUUUAAAUGUGAAUCGGUGAGGGAAAGAGGGAAACCACAUUACAACAAGCUUUAAGAAAACAUACAACGGUGUGAAACGAGGUUUUAAAACACGAGGAAUCGAAUGACUGGAGCGUGUUAGUGAAAUGAAUCUGCAAACCAAUCUACUCUUAAAUUUAACCGAACCAAAAGAAAGGAAAGAAAGAUGUGGAGCAGUUUAAACAAUUAUUCAACUUCAAAAGAAGACUUUCUGAUGCUACUCUCCCUCAACUUUCAUAAAAACGGUCAAUGAAACAGUAGAGCAACAAUUGGAAUCAAUUUCUGAUCGGUUUCAAAUCGACAAAACGUCAAGCAGAACGUUGUGGGGCUACAAGUUUCCGUUCAGUAGACAAACUUCUUCAAAGAUUUUCUCCUUUCUUCAUUAAACAUGUAAAUCUUACACUCAGAAAGGAUUGAUUUAACUGGAAAACAAAACUUGUUUAUUAAUGUUAAACGAACCACAGCGACAAGAGGAAAUCAGUGAAGGAAAACUAUAUGUGUCAAGACAAUUAAGCUGUUAUGUUUAGUGAAAAUGAGACCAGAAAUAUAUUUGUGCGGUUUUAAACGAGCCAUA